GGGAAAUAGGGACAUUUGAUAUUUGAUAUUUGGUAUAUUCAUAAAUAGGAAUGAAACCUGGCGCAUAAGGCUUGGUUGGCUGCAUGCAGGUCGUUAUACUUGGAUGGUCGUGAUGGAGGUGGACGUGCUGCCGUAGACGAUGGGGGAGAGUUUCUUGUCGAGGUGGUUCUGCUUGGACGAGAAGCACGAGCUGUACGCGUCGUCCGAGACGUCGUCUUGUCGCUCGACCUCGGCGCAGGCUUGCAGGAUGUGCAUGUACAGGUACACGUACACGAGGAAGAAGGCUUCGGUGCUCAGGAGCGACAGCGUGUUCCAUUCAAACCCAGCCUGCCAGAUCGCGAUGGAACAAUGGGUGUCGCACAGUACGCCAAACAGCACGGCACCUUCGACGACCUGGAACACGAUGAGCAACCACCAUCGCCGAAGGCACCAGGAUGCUGUGGGAAUAUCGAGGUACACGGACGAGUAGAGGCCACAGAGUCCACCCAGCGCCGUUACGACGAUCCAUCCAAUGUAGCACGCGACCAGCGCGAACAGAGCGCUGUCACUCCACCUGUCGUGGGAUAUGGUGCGUUCGACCUUAAGCACGAGGGACGCGACUUGCCACAGCAUGACUAGUGCAAGGCUGCCUAGAAUGUAGCGACCUGCGCCGCGAAGAACCAUGAGGAUGUCCCGCUGCUUGCUCAGGUCCCUGCUGCUUCUGCCACUGCUGCUGCCAUCACCAUCUCCACGAAGCAUGCGCAUGUUGAAGAAUGAAUAAGAAUGGGCAAGUCGGUUUCCGCAUGCAGAAC